UUCAUACGAAUUAAAGGGACGAUACCGUAACUAGAUUAUGAUGGCCAACUCAAUAUUAUCUUAUCUUGCACGUUGGUCACAGACCUGCAUGAGCGAACGUGAAUUAUAUCGGUUGACCACUAAAUAGCAUUGCUCAAAAUAGCAUAAAUUUAUGUUUUAAAACGUCUUUAAAAUAACAUAUUCAAAAAAUGGCCGCCAUAUCUGAAGCGAUAAAAAAUUAAAAGUGCAAAUGAUAGCCACUAUUGCCAAUAAUUUGGAAUGUUACCUUAAGAUUCAAAAUAUUAAAUUUGAAGGUACGAGUACCUCAUAAAAAGUGCCAACAAAAAAUUUAUACACUUAAGUUGUCGUGAUAAUUGUUCUGGUAGAGCUAAGCUCUCAUUAAAGGACAUAAUAAUCACGAUAGAACACACAGCGAAGUGUAAAUAUAACACCCAUCUUAGUCUUCCAUCAACACAAUCACAAGAUACUGUGAUUUUGCCUGAUAUCUUAAUUUCAUCCAAUGGUAUUCCACAUUUGGAACCACAAGUUUCUCCCAUAGUGCCUGAUAUCUCAAUUUCAUCCAAUGGUAUUCCACAUUUGGAACCACAAGUUUCUACAUAGUGCCUGACACAAAUCUAGAUUCCCCUCUUGACAUAGCACAAGCCUUAUUAGACUUAAAUUCAAAUAUUUAUGAGUAGCUGAUUGUCAUGCUAAAUGCAUAUUUGAUGGUGCUUAUAUUGCUUCGGGUAUACAUGAUCAUCCUUUUGAAAUAGGGACAUUCGAGAUGCUUAAAACUAAAGAAGCACGCGAAAACAUUGUAGCUUAGAAUCUCUUUGAGACACGCUUAAACAUUUAUCAACAAACUAUGGAGAGAUGUUUGGAGGAUCCAGAAAUAGAAAACUAUUCUGAGGCGAUACCAUCAUUUAUAUCUUUGAGGAGUCACAUAGACAGACUCCUUGUGAAAUAUCGGCCCCCUAUGCCUCAUUCGAUUUUGGAUAUUGAGUUAUCAGCAGAAUAUGCUAUGACAACUCGCAAUGAACGUUUUCUAAUCCACUGAACAGGUAACUUAUACGUUUUUGGUACUGAUUUGUUGCGUUUGACCGAGGGUUCUAACAUGAUCUACAUGGAUGAAAUUUUCAUGUAGCUCCUACCAUAUUUUAUCAACUUUAUACCUUGCAUGUUAUGUAUGAAGGUGUUAUGAUACCUAUCAUUUACGCUCUCCUUCCGGAUAAGACAAAAGAAACAUAUAUCCGGCUUUUUCAAAUUAUUACUAAUUUUUGCGCCGAACGCCAGAUAACCUUUAAUCCUCGAUUUGGCCAAACAGACUUUGAGGCAGCUGCUAUAUCAGCUCUCAAGUUUGUAUUUCCUAGCAUGAUUAUAAAGGGAUGUUUUUCCCAUUAUUCGCAAGCGUUAUGGCGAAGAUGUCAAUCUUUAGGGUUGGUAAGCUUGUAUCUGAACCACUCCAAUGUUCACAAAGUUGUUAGGCGCAUGACAACUUUGCCUUUUUGUAAGGAGGAAAAUAUAUCUAGGGUAAGGCAAAAUUGUUAUAUUAUGGCGUCUGAAAAUCCCAUGCUUUUGGAUUUUAUGGAGUAUAUGGAUACGACAUGGCUAGGACUUAAUGCCAUAUUUCCUCAUGGCAUAUGGACAAGAUAUAAAGUCGAUGGUCCCCGCACCAACAAUCAUCUAGAGGGGUUUCAUCAUGCCUUAAAGAGAAAAACGGCACACGCUCACCCAAAUGUUUAUAUUCUUAUAAAAACUUUAAUAGGUCAUCAACAUUCUAACGACCUCAAAAUUAUCCAGAUCAAUAAUGGAUCUAGAGUGCGGCGAAGAAAUAGAAAAUAUGAAAGAAUCGAUGAGCAUAUUACAAAUUUAACACAAAUAUAUGAAAGAACUUCUGAUAUUACAGAAUUUUUAGAUAAAAUAUCUUUUUUAGUAAAUUUUAAAUAUUAAAACUAUCAAUAAAUAUCCGUUUUUAAUUUUAUUAUAGUUUUAUUUUAUAAUAAUAAAUUUGUAAAGGUUGAUUUUUUUUAUAUA